AUGGCAACCGAUGUUCUUGCAAAGUUGUUUCCCUCACAAGCAGUCGAUGCACCGAGCGGCUUUUCUCGCGAGGAACUGCUCGAAAGACUGCCCUCGACGCUGAGAACACAAAUAUUGAGACAGGAGCCUCCCCGAGCAAGCCUUCAACUCGACGCCUCUGGUCAUGACGGCGUCACAUCUCCUGUCUCGCUGCCAGAGGGAGCAGUCCAAGAAGGCCCCCUCCGCCAAGGAGAGGAAGAAAGCACUGUUACUGGCGCUGCGGUUGUUUCGCAAGGCACCGAUGCUUCCUCCGAGGCUUGA